AAUCUGUCUAAAAUAAUUUGACAGGUAUGUGUUUAUAGCAUUUUUAUGCAAAAAAAUCGGAGAAAAAUGAUACACAAAGAUUCCGAAUUAGCGGUCGACAAAGUUUGUCGUUCGUGUUUGUGCGAAAAUGAGGAUAUGCACAAUGUAUUUGAAAGCACUGCCGAAAAUGAAGGAGAAACCAUUAAAUUGUCUGAUAUGAUGAUGGCUUGUGCCUCUGUAUCGGUAACAAAUAAUGAUGGACUUCCAACACUUUUGUGCUCAAUAUGUGAGAACAAACUGAACAUAGCCUAUCAAUUUAAGCAACAGUGUGAAAAGUCUGAUAGUACUUUAAGACAAAUAACGAAUCAAGUGGAAAGUAAACCCAAACAAGAAGAUAUUGUGGUCCAACCAGAUUUAUAUGAUGACGAUGAUGAUGAGCCUUUAUCAAAGUUUGGAGUCAAGCGAAAAAGAGGCAGACCCAAAAAAGUUAAGCAGAGUUUAUUUACUUGUACAUAUUGUAAUAAAGAUUUACUAACUAAAAAAGGAUUAAGAUUACAUGAAAGAAAGCACACUGGAGAAAAGCUGAAAUAUUGUUUUAUAUGUAGCUCACAAUUUACCAGAACUAAUCAUUUGUUGAGACAUUUAGGCACCCAUGAUAAACCUGGUUUGGAACACGAUUGUUCAGAUUGUAGUGAAAAAUUUGCCAAGGCUGCUGAUUUGAUGCAGCACAGAAAAAUCCAUGAAGUUAAUGAUAAUGACGCUCAAGUAAAAGAGGAGUAUUUGCUUGAAGAUUUUUCUGAAAAUAUUCAAAUUGAAGUUGAAGAACUAAAUGAAAGCAAAACUGACACUGAAGAUAAUAAGGAUAAUAAGGAAGACAAUAAUGGAGAUGCCACUGAUAUGUUUUAUGAUGGGUUUGAUGCCAGUGAUCCUUCAGAGGAAGAAGAUGAUAAGGAUGAUGUUUUGUUUAAAGUCAAUACCAGAAAGGAGAGGCCUGAAAAAAAAGAUAAAGCUAUUUAUGAGUGUAAGGAAUGCUCUAAGAUUAUGACCACUUAUGUGGGUUUAAAAAUUCACAUGAGAAGGCACACUGGGGAUGACUUGGCUGUUUGUAAGCUUUGUGAUAAAUCUUUUACUAAGAAGAGUCACUUAAAUAGACACAUGGCCAUACAUGGGAUAGUAGAGCCAGUCUCUCCCAUCAAAAAAGAAAAGGAUAAGGAGAAACAGGUCAUGGAGUGUGAAUUUUGCGACCGACGUUUCAAAUACAAGAAAAGUUUUGCGCAUCACAUGCAGGUCGAGCACGGUAUGUCCGACGAGAACGACGAUUUCUCGGCCUACGUGAAAACCGAAGGCGAAUGCACCGCGACCACCACAGGAAACACCUCUGUCGACGCGAACGCCGCGAACAAAGAAGGCGGCGAAUCGGCCGAAGCCGGCGGCGCCGACCCGACGAUGGACGAAGACGACCCGGACUUCCCUAUCGACGGGGACGAGGACAAGAAGGACAAACCGGUUAAAGUGCACACGUGUCACGUGUGCUCGGCCGUUUUCGGCAGAGCGAACCACCUGACGCGUCACAUGACGCUGCACAGGGCCGUUUUGGUGCACAAGUGCGACCGGUGCGAUAAGGCGUUCGCGGCCCAAGAGUACCUCGAGAAACACGUGGAAGAAGAGCACAUCAACAAGCCUUACGUGUGCACCAUAUGCAACAAACCGUUUAGUCGCGGCGAACACCUGAUAAGGCACUUGAAAGUCCAUCAAGCUUCGAAAGAUAAACAGGAAGUGUCGAAGUGCUCUAUUUGCGAUCUGACGUUUGCGAAAUCGCACGAGUUGGCGCGACAUACCAAAGUCCACUUGCAACAAGACAAACGUCACAUUUGCUUGGAGUGCGGCAAAGCGUUCAACAGGUUAGACAACUUAAAAACUCACCAGAGAAUACACACGGGAGUCAAGGAAGCCACCAAACUGCAUCUAUGCAUUUAUUGCGGGAAGGAGUUUAAUAAUUCCAGCAAUAUGAUUGUUCAUAUGAGAAGGCACACUGGAGAAAGGCCAUACAAGUGCGCUGAGUGUGGCAAAGGUUUUCCAAGAUCCCAUGAUUUAAAAUGUCAUGAAAGGACUCACUCUGGAGAGAAACCCUAUCAUUGCAAUAUUUGUGGAAAAUCGUUUAACAAGAGUAAUAAAUUGCUGCGUCAUAGCCGAGUACAUACCGGUGAGAGACCAUAUGUGUGCAGUAUUUGUGGUCGAGCAUUCACCCAAUCGAAUGAUCUCGCAUUGCACAUGCGCAGACACACUGGCGCUAGACCCUACGCCUGCGGUGUUUGUCCGGCUCGGUUCAUCCAGUCCGGACAACUCAAAACGCACAGGAGAACCACCGGACAUUGGAUGGAGACCCAACCUGAUCUUAAAGGUGGGCACAGAGUAGAACCUGUUGUUACUCCAAUAGGGGAUCCGGUACCAAUUAAAUUCAAAUUUUUGAAUAAGAAAGCCGAGACAGCAGUACCGCCGGUUGUAGUAUCUACAGGUGUCCCUACAAUAUUACCACCGAAAUUGGAAACGGUCCAAUCAUUGAUGACCAUUGAGCCCAAAUUGGUGACGUAUGCCCCAGGGAUAGUUGGAUUGGCCACCGUAAUACAGGGGGGUAGUGAAGAAGAGUUAAAAUUCAAAACUGAAGUAGGUGUCGGAAAUUUUACCAUACCGAAUAAUUUCGAGGAAAAUAAACUAUUACCGGGAACAAGUUCAGCUGUGUUUCAAGAUGCUGUUGUGACAUAUGCCACUGUUCCAUCAGAGACUUUUACAUUUCAAACUUUCCAUCAAUAGUACAUUUAAUUAGUUAGGCUAAAGUAUAAACACGAUUUUCCCAUCAUGUUAAUUAAGUAUUGUACUUGGAUUAUUUGUAUAUAUAUGGAAAUUUUCUAGGUAUUUUAGCCCCAUUGCAUUUUUUACAAUUUAUAUUCAAAGCCAUUUACCAUAAUUAUUGCUUUUUGAUGAUUUUUUACUUUUAAAUGUAUUGGAAAUAUUGUUUUAGCACAAAUGAUAUUAGCUGUCAUUGUAUAGAUCCUUUAAAAUUGUUUUAUACUUUAAAAUAUAUAGUUUAGUAGAAUAAGC